GAUGUCACAGCCAGGAGGAGAGCAAAAAGGGCCUGGGUGGAGGAGGGGUCAGAAAUGAGAGGAGAGAUGAUCCCUUUCUCCCUUUAUAAAUCAACCUCUUCCUAAGAUCCUUUUUUUCCACUGCUGAAAAGAUUGGGUACCAGGCAGAUUCUGGCUGGGGACAUGGCUACUGGACUGGGAACCACAUCUCUCAGCACCAUGCAGAACAUCCUGGGACCGGCUUGCAUCUUCUUGCGCAAGGGCAUUGCUGAGAAGCAGGGGCAACGUGAACUGAGUGGAGAUGAAAUUGAAGAGCUCCGUGAAGCCUUUCAGGAGUUUGACAAGGACAAAGAUGGAUAUAUCAGCUGCAAAGAUUUGGGCAACCUCAUGAGAACAAUGGGGUAUAUGCCGACUGAGAUGGAACUCAUAGAGCUCUCUCAACAGAUCAACAUGAAUCUUGGGGGACAUGUAGCUUUUGAAGACUUUGUUGAAUUGAUGGCCCCAAAACUGCUGGCAGAAACAGCGGGCAUGAUUGGCCUUCAAGAGAUGAGGGACGCCUUCAAGGAGUUUGACACAAAUGGGGAUGGCAAGAUCACUUUGGAUGAGCUUCAUCAGACCAUGCAACGGUUGAUGAGUGAGAGGCUGACCCCUCGAGAGAUUGCAGAUGUGGUGAAGGAAGCUGACGUUAAUGGAGACGGGACUGUGGAUUUUGAAGAAUUUGUCUGGAUGAUGUCACGCUGAUGCAACCACCCACCUCCCCCUGCUUUCAAGGACUGAAAAUACACACUGCACUUUAAAACAAACGUGUGUGGAUCAAUUAUGUAGAGUCCGUAGUGUGUGGUGAAAUUGCUGGACUAGGGGCUCUUCCUCACAGCCCAUUAAUGUGCAUUCCUCCAGUCCUUGAGAUGGCAAAAAAAAAAAAAAAAGUAUGCUGGCAUAAUUUGCCCUACUCCAAUAGUCAAAUUCUAAUCUGCUUCAGUAAGGAGGCUUGUGAAGAUCCUGCCUUUACAGCUUAACUGGAUGGGCAGCAAUUAAUUCAGUGUUGUCCAAACUUGGCCACUUUAAGAUGAGUGGUCAUCUUAACAUGCUGGCUGGGGAAUUCUGGGAGUUGAAGUCCACUCAU